CCCUUCGUCAGCUGUCCUGUUUGGAGCAGUCAGUGCGCGUUGUGGCUUCGCCACGUGCUUCUCGCGAUCCUUACCUGCGAUCCUUAUCUUUACUUUGUCCAACCGAGACCACGCAUCGGGAUCAUAUUAUAAUUUCCACAAUGAAAAUAUUUUCCAGAAACGGUUCGACCUAACGUACUUGAUCGGGCUCGAAAAUGUCAAGAACAUCCUUGCUGUCAUCGUGACUACGUGUCAAAAGCUUCAGAAUGUCACGAAAUGACACAAACACGUGCGCUCUUGCGCGAAAUAUCGAACGAUCCCAUUGUUAAAUCAAAUUGAUGAGCGAAUCUUCACUCGGAGAAAGCAAGGAUUCGGCCUAGAACAUUAUGAAGCCAAGAGUCUUACUUGCUCUUGCCAACCUUAUCACAUCCUUUUUAAUGGCCGCGGGUACAAGAAUCACUGCCAGACAGCGGACGCAAAGCAACAACCACGGCAACAUUAGCGAUCUGCUGGACAAUCUACUUCGCGGUUACGACAAUAGUGUCAGACCAGAUUUUGGCGGGCCCCCGGCUACCGUUGAGGUCGAUAUCAUGGUACGCAGCAUGGGUCCCAUUUCUGAAGUGGAUAUGACGUAUUCAAUGGACUGUUACUUUCGGCAAUCAUGGGUAGACAGACGUUUAGCCUUUCAGGGUGGUAAGGAAACACUCGCGUUGAGCAUUUCCAUGUUGGCAAGGAUCUGGAAACCCGACACGUACUUCUACAAUGGCAAGCACAGUUAUUUGCAUACGAUCACCAGCCCGAAUAAGUUCGUCAGGCUUUACCAGGAUGGCAGAGUACUUUACAGUUCAAGACUUACCAUUAAAGCGGGAUGUCCGAUGAAUCUCGAGGAUUUUCCGAUGGAUAUGCAGAGAUGUCCGUUGCAAUUCGGUAGCUUUGGCUACACGACACGCGACGUAAUCUACAAGUGGAACAGUGCGAGACAGGUCGCUAUAGCGGAGGAUAUGAAGCUGUCGCAAUUUGAUCUGGUCGCCAAUCCGACCGCAAAUCACUCCAUUGCACCGGGAUUCUCGCAUGGUGAGUGAAAAUCUCGCAGAUCAAGAAUACCCGGUUUAGCCAUAUUUCUCCUCGCAAACAUCGAAAAGACACAAAACUUAGUACAAUCGAAAUAUCAUGGCACAAUCUUAUUGUUAGAACAAAAAAUAACGCUGUAAAAAUCGAUAAAAAUAAAACUUUAACAUAAACAAUUCGAUAAGAUGAAUAAAUAUUUCAUACAUAUCAAAAUGACUUAAUGAAGAGAUGUGAAGAGUCGCAAACUGGAAUUUCUAUAAAAAAUUCGGUCGUAUUGCUGGCACCUCGCAUUACCGUCGAAUAUUGAAGACGACGAAAGGAACACGUUCAGGUGAAGCAAAAGAUGAAGAAAAGUAGCGUCGAAAGUCGGCGCGUAGAAGCGACGACUAAUUGCAGCAUUCUCUUAAAGACGACUCUCCUCUUUUCCCUUUCUCUUUCUCCCUCUAUCUUUCUUUCUCUCUUAAGCUUUACAUAGGCAAGCAUUCUAGAAGAUUCGGCUGCAAAUUUUAAUUGGAUUAUCGAUUAGUAAACGGUAAACAGCUGAUUUGGCCUUUGCUGUUUUCUGAUUCG